CCUACUACUUCAGCAUCAAUUAAGAUGCGAGAUGAUUAUAAUUCCAGUGAGCCAUUGUCUUCUAAUUUCAACUAUGUGCUAAGCUUACACACUUCAUGCCCAGCCUGCAGUAGGCCUACCGGUCACAAAUAAUUUUUCCAUGGGUAUUUUGUCCACAGAAAACGAGUGACUGGCAUGUCUACAUUAUACAUAAAAUGUAAAAUAUGGAACACUGCAGGUCAGGCGGUGACACCAUGCUGUUGUUACAGUAAAAAAGUGUUGUUGAUAGGCCAUUCCUUCGCCCGACGUGCAGGAAAGUUGUGUCCCUUUAAAAUAGGAAAUGUGGUUAUAAACGCCAGCGGGGUGUCUGGAGGAGGAGUCAAGAACCUUGUUCAUACCUGGGAUGAAGUUGGCGAGGAAAUGAAACCGGAUAUAGUGUAUAUCCAAUCGGGAGAGAAUGACAUCGGAUCAUUACCCUGGAAAGACAUUGCUGACACUCUCUUCCGAUUCGCAGAGGCCAUCAGCAGCGAAAAGAUCAAGGUCGUCAUUGGCAGCAAGUUCAAACGAUACAAAUUUAGAAAUCCCCGGAUGACCCUGGCAAAAUAUAACACAUACCGUAAACAGAUAAACAAGUAUAUAAAGAAGAAGUGCCGUGAAACAAAUGGAACAGCCAAACGCAUACGCUUCUGUAGAAUGUUCAAACCCUACCAGACAAAGGAUCGGUUCCUAGAAGAUGGCGUCCAUCUGACUCCUGCAACAGAAUUGCUGUGGGUCAAAAUGAUCGGGACGUACUGUGAUAAGAAAGUUGAUAUGAAGCUGAAUGUACGAUCGUGAUCGAUUUUGUUUUCACUAUGCUCAAAUUUGAACUGCUGUUUAUAUUGGAAAUAAAUUAAUUUUGUUGAAACCUUU